CUGCCUUUUGGUCUCUUUCUUCUCUCUCGCUCGCUCGCUUUAAGCUGCGUAGUAUAGAUCAUGCCAUGUCUCUCUAGCUAGAUUCUCUGUGUUUCAAUUCCUCUCGAAGAGUUUAAUUCAGCAUCCAGAAGAACAUAUUUGAAUCCUUUUACAUUUGAUUGAAACGGCGCUUUUUGUUCUACUGUUUGGAUCGAUUUGAAUCUAAAUUGGAGCUGAAGAAGCUGCUCUGGCUUCGAAUUUGAAUCCAAGAUCGACGAUCAAAGUGAUGUGAUGUGGAGUGGAUUUCGUGAUUGCACGAGGUCUAUUGAUUUGAGCUUGACGACUAGUGUGAAUUUUUUUUGAGGUUUUCUCGGCUCAAGGGGUUUGCUACUGAGGAAUUUUGUUUAUGUCGAGGAACGGACGAAUGACGCCGUCGGAUCUUAGUAGAGCCGGUCCAGUGACGAGGGAUAUUGAGCAGGCUAUCACUGCUCUUAAAAAAGGAGCUUAUUUGCUUAAGUAUGGCAGAAGGGGAAAGCCUAAGUUCUGUCCAUUUCGCCUUUCGAAUGAUGAAUCUGUUUUGAUAUGGUUUUCUGGGAAGGAGGAAAAACAUUUGAAGCUAAGUCAUGUUUCCAGGAUCAUCUCUGGGCAGCGCACUCCUAUUUUUCAGAGAUAUCCACGUCCUGAGAAGGAAUAUCAAUCGUUCUCGCUAAUAUAUGACGAGAGGUCACUGGAUUUGAUAUGCAAGGAUAAAGAUGAGGCUGAAGUGUGGUUUAGUGGUCUAAAAGCCUUGAUAUCCCGUUGUCAUCAACGGAAAUGGAGGACCGAAUCGAGAAGUGAUGGAACGCCAUCCGAAGCUAAUAGUCCGAGAACAUAUACCCGGAGAAGCUCCCCUUUACAUUCUCCAUUUAGUAGCAAUGAAAGUUUCCAGAAGGAGGGCUCAAAUCACCUUCGUCUUCACAGUCCAUAUGAGAGCCCGCCUAAGAAUGGCGUUGACAAGGCAUUUUCAGACAUGUCGUUGUAUGCAGUUCCUCCAAAAGGUUUUUUCCCCCCAGGUUCGGCAACUAUGUCAGUUCACUCUUUGUCAUCUGGAGGCUCAGAUACGCUACAUGGUCACAUGAAAGGAAUGGGUAUGGAUGCUUUUAGAGUUAGUCUGUCAAGUGCGAUUAGUUCGUCGAGCCAUGGUUCUGGUCAUGAUGAUGGAGACACAUUGGGAGACGUUUUCAUGUGGGGAGAAGGAAUAGGCGAAGGUGUUUUGGGUGGUGGAAACCACAGAGUUGGAAGUUCGUUGGAGAUCAAAAUGGAUUCCUUACUGCCAAAAGCUUUAGAGUCUACUAUAGUACUUGAUGUCCAGAAUAUUGCUUGCGGUGGACAACAUGCUGUCCUUGUAACAAAACAAGGAGAAAGUUUUUCUUGGGGAGAGGAAUCUGAAGGUAGGCUUGGCCAUGGUGUGGAUUCCAAUGUUCAACAUCCAAAGCUCAUUGAUGCCCUCAAUACCACAAAUAUUGAGCUUGUAGCAUGUGGUGAAUACCAUAGUUGUGCAGUUACUCUAUCGGGGGAUUUGUAUACCUGGGGUAAAGGAGAUUUUGGUAUUCUGGGACAUGGAAAUGAAGUCAGUCACUGGGUCCCCAAAAGAGUAAAUUUUCUGAUGGAAGGGAUACAUGUAUCAUCCAUCGCUUGUGGGCCUUACCACACAGCUGUUGUGACUUCCGCUGGGCAGUUGUUUACUUUUGGUGAUGGGACCUUUGGUGUUUUGGGCCAUGGAGACAGGAAAAGUGUUUUCAUACCUAGAGAGGUAGACUCCUUGAAAGGUCUUCGCACUGUUCGGGCAGCCUGUGGUGUAUGGCACACAGCCGCAGUUGUAGAAGUCAUGGUUGGGAGCUCGAGCUCUAGUAACUGCUCUUCAGGAAAGCUCUUUACAUGGGGUGAUGGUGACAAGAGUCGUCUUGGUCAUGGUGACAAAGAACCAAAACUUGUGCCUACCUGUGUUGCAGCUCUUGUAGAACCUAAUUUUUGUCAAGUUGCGUGUGGACAUAGCCUAACAGUUGCACUUACAACAUCGGGCCACGUCUAUACUAUGGGCAGUCCUGUUUAUGGUCAGCUUGGAAACCCACAUGCAGAUGGAAAGGUUCCAACCCGUGUCGACGGCAAACUUCACAAGAGUUUUGUCGAAGAGAUUGCUUGCGGUGCUUAUCAUGUUGCAGUUUUAACUUCAAGGACUGAGGUUUACACUUGGGGAAAAGGAUCAAAUGGUAGACUAGGCCAUGGGGAUGCAGAUGAUCGAAAUUCCCCCACAUUGGUUGAGUCGCUGAAGGAUAAACAGGUGAAAAGUAUUGCAUGUGGUUCUAACUUCACCGCAGCUGUCUGUCUUCACAAGUGGGCAUCAGGGAUGGACCAGUCCAUGUGUUCAGGUUGCCGUCAGCCUUUCAAUUUCAAGAGAAAGCGGCACAAUUGCUAUAACUGUGGACUUGUGUUUUGCCAUUCUUGCAGUAAUAAAAAGUCCCUGAAGGCUUGUAUGGCACCAAACCCUAACAAACCAUAUCGAGUGUGUGAUAGGUGUUUCAACAAAUUGAAAAAGGCCAUGGAAACGGAUCCAUCAUCUCAUUCUUCUUUGAGUCGAAGAGAAAGUGUCAACCAAGGAUCAGAUGCAAUUGACAGAGAUGAGAAGUUGGAUACUAGAUCCGACGGACAGCUAGCUAGAUUCUCAUUGUUGGAGCCCAUGAGGCAAGUGGACAGUCGAUCCAAGAAAAAUAAGAAAUAUGAAUUCAAUAGUAGUCGUGUCUCACCAAUACCGAGUGGGGGCUCGCACCGGGGUUCACUAAACAUAACCAAGUCUUUUAAUCCAACUUUCGGAUCAUCAAAGAAAUUCUUCUCAGCUUCAGUUCCUGGUUCCCGAAUUGCGUCCCGGGCAACUUCACCAAUAUCAAGACGUCCUAGCCCACCUCGGUCAACAACGCCAACUCCCACUCUUUCAGGACUAACUACACCAAAAAUUGUCGUGGAUGAUACCAAGAGAAGCAAUGAUAACCUAAGCCAAGAGGUGGUUAUGCUAAGAUCUCAAGUAAGCUGCUUUCCACGCUUUAAUUCUUGUUCCUUACUCCUGUGUAUUUAGGAAAAAAACAUAGCUGGUGAGAUUGUGCUAUUUUGUUUCAUUAACAUAUCGUUUCAUUCUUUGCAAUUUGACUCCUUUUGCGAACUCAGUAGUAAAUGAUUUCACAGGUUGAAAAUCUUACACGGAAGGCACAACUUCAAGAAGUUGAACUGGAAAGAACAACCAAACAGCUAAAGGAGGCACUAGCAAUUGCUAGUGAAGAAUCAGCGAGAUGCAAGGCAGCAAAAGAAGUGAUCAAAUCACUUACCGCUCAAUUGAAAGACAUGGCUGAAAGACUACCUGUUGGAUCAGCUCGGACUGUCAAGUCUCCGUCUCUCAAUUCAUUUGGUUCCAGUCCUGAUUACGCUGCCCCUUCUUCUAACACCUUAAACCGUCCAAACAGUCGAGAAACUGAUUCUGAUAGCCUAACCACCGUCCCAAUGUUUUCAAAUGGGACCAGCACACCUGUUUUCGAUAGUGGAAGUUACCGACAGCAAGCUAAUCAUGCUGCUGAAGCGAUAAAUAGAAUCAGCACACGAUCAAAAGAAAGUGAACCCCGUAACGAAAAUGAAUGGGUUGAACAAGAUGAACCUGGUGUGUACAUCACUCUCACAGCCUUAGCUGGAGGUGCAAGGGAUCUCAAACGUGUCCGUUUCAGCCGGAAGCGGUUUAGUGAGAAACAAGCAGAAGAAUGGUGGGCAGAGAACAGAGGAAGAGUUUACGAACAAUACAAUGUACGCAUAGUAGUUGAUAAAUCCAGUGUGGGUGUAGGAAGUGAAGACUUGGGUCAUUAAUAUUCUUCGCUAACCCCUGAUAACACAGAAAACCCUGAGUUUCCCACUCAUCUAUUCUUUUUUAGUUUCUGUCUACGGGUUUCAUAGGUUUAUUUGGGGAUUAUAACCAAGAGAGAAAAUAGUUUUCAUCAUAGUUUGGGUGUUUUUCAUAUGUAAAUUCUUUUGUAAAUUCCACAAGCAUACAUUGUUUCGUUCUUUGUCUCGAUAAAUGUUAUUAUUUGAUGUUGAAAUUCAAACAGCAUUAAUGGUAUGGUGUCAGUGCGAGCUUAUACAUUUUAGAUGUCUAUGGGCAAAUUUAAAUGAUAUG